AUGGAUUUCCCUCGAAACUUUGAUUUGCUUGCAUGCGCCCUGUUCAUCUCAUCACUUUUUGUGAUAGAUGGUAAGCUGCCCUCCACAGGGGACCAAUGCUCACCAAACCCAUGUCAGAACCAGGCCAUAUGCAGAAGCCGAGGCGACGGCUACUCGUGUUUUUGCGUACCAGGUUUCCAAGGUGUUCACUGCCAAAUCGACGUGAAUGAAUGCUUUUCGCAGCCCUGCACGAACGGAGCCACCUGUGUCGACAAUCUGGGCAUGUAUACCUGUCUCUGCCCACCCAGGUUCACGGGUGCCACCUGCGAGCUCCAGAUUGACGAGUGUCAAUCACAGCCGUGCUUCAACGGUGGCAGUUGCCGUGACUACGCCAACGGCUUCAUGUGCACCUGUCCACCCGGUUACCAAGGAGACCGCUGCGAAAAUGACUUUGACGACUGCCAAGGCCAGCCGUGCCAAAAUGGCGCUCCGUGUGCGGACGGGGUGAAUGAAUACAGCUGUGACUGCUCCCGGACAGCUUUCACAGGCCAACACUGUGAGACGCCAAUCCCGCCAUGUCAGUCUGAACCCUGCCUCAACAGCGCCCCCUGUACAAGCAACGGUGGUAACUACACCUGUGAAUGCUGGCCAGGAUUUGAGGGGCAUCAGUGUGAGACAGACAUUACUGAGUGCAACAGCAGCCCCUGCAUGCAUGGCGGCCGCUGUAUUGAACUUUCCUGGCGGGCCCUCUAUGGCAGCGAGCCUCUGUUGCCUGCCCUCUAUGAUGAGCAACAUGCUGCAGGCUACAUCUGCAGCUGUCCUUCAGGAACCAUGGGCUCCCUCUGCCAGGAGGUGAUAGACCAGUGUGACCCCAGCCCGUGCCAGAAUGGGGGUAGGUGUGAGAGUCAUGUCGGAGGCUACGUGUGCCAUUGCCUCAAGCAAAGCCAUGACGGCCUCCUCUACGGAGGUGUGAACUGUGAUGUGAAGCUGGUGGGCUGUGAGGGGCAUGGGUGUCAGAACCAGGGCACCUGCUAUCCAUUCCUGAUGGACGACACUCAUGGUUACUCCUGCUCUUGUGUCCCUGGCUUCACUGGGCCCCUCUGCCAGACCUCCACCACCUUCUCCUUUGAACGCAGUGGCUACCUGUUGCUACACAGCCCCCUGGUGGACGCUGAGGCCUCCUAUAACGUCACCUUAAGCUUUCGGACCAUUCUACACAGGGCAGUACUUUUCCAGCGGAACAGCAGGGGCCUGCUGUGGAGCUUGGAGUUGGACAGGGGCCAGCUCCAUCUCACCCUGAGUGAGGAGCUUCCUUCUGGGCAUGAAACGAAUAGCCCCAGCCACGAUCUGGAGCUUCCAUACAAUGUGACUGAUGGAGAAUGGCAUUCAGUGGAGGCUGUGCUUGGGAACCAGCUGCUCAGUCUCAGACUCUUGGAUGAUGGAGGGAUCUGCGAGGGCCAGAGCUGCCAGAGGGUGGCUGCAAUCAAAAGCACCCUCACUGGGCUGGUGUCGGCCCUUCAAAACACUUUCAUCGGAGGAGUGCUAGAGGACUCAGACAGCCCCGCAGUUGAAACCACACACCCGAUUUUCAUUGGCUGCAUGCGGGACGUGUUUGUUGACUGGCAGCUGGUGGUCCCUGAGGACUGGUUAAGCGACUCUGCAGUAAAUGUCUCUCCAGGCUGCAGCCACAGGGACCGCUGUCUGGACGUGCCUUGCCAAAAUAAAGGCCUGUGUGUCAACCUGUGGCAGAGCUACCAGUGCAGGUGUCCAAGGCCUUAUGAGGGACAGGACUGUGAGAAGGAAUAUGUGACGGCACGUUUUGGUAACGAGGACUACCAGAGCCACGCUGUUUUCAAUAUCACCGACCACGUGGGUCACGACCUCACCAUCUCACUCUUCCUGCGUACGCGGAAGCACACCGGACUCCUGUUGGUGCUCGCCAAUAGCAGCAGCCAAUACCUGCGAUUAUGGCUAGAGGAGGGCAGGGUCAAAGUUCAGCUCAAUAAUUUUGAGAGCCUUAAGGAGGAGAGCGUGGUCAACGAUGGGGAAAUCCACUUUCUGAGUGUAGAGGUGGUGCGGGACCGUGUUGCACUGUUCGUCGCAGCCCAGAGUCAGGGCUACGUGGACACCAGGAUGAUCGACGUCCAAGCAGGGGACACGGUCUAUGUGGGCGGUCUGUCUGAGGUGAGGACGACGUCAGCAUUUGGGGGAUACUUUAAAGGCUGCAUCCAGGACCUGAGAAUCAAUGACAGGAGGCUGCAGUUUUUUGGCUUGGACACAUCGGUGAGAUCCUACCCCCUGGAGGUCCUGGCUAACGUGACGGCGGGAUGCUCCGGGGACAACAUCUGUACUAGGAACCCUUGUCUCAAUGGGGGGCUGUGUUAUUCCAUGUGGGAUGACUUCACCUGCACUUGUCCACCAAGUACAGCAGGGCGGCGCUGUGAGGAGGUCAGGUGGUGUGAGCUGUCACCUUGUCCUGCGGAUGCCGAGUGCAAGAUCUUGAAUCAAGGAUACGAGUGCUUCUCCAAUGCAACCUUCCUGAACGACAGCAGUUUGUUGUCCUACCGAGGAAAUGGAAACAUAUCCCGCAACUUGACAAGCCUGGCACUAACCCUGCGCACACGGAAGCGCCACGCAGCCAUCCUGCAUGCGGAGAAGGGCUCAGCGUUCAUCACCAUCUCCAUCCAGGAUAGCCUCCUCUUCAUGGAGCUGCAGAGCUCCACGGGAGAUGUUGGGGAGGAGCAGGAGGGGCAGGAGGUGCAGCAGGGCCUGUCUACCAUCAGCCUGAGCAGCCGCAGGAGCAUCAGUGACGGGGAGUGGCACAGCGUUCAUCUCUUAAUGGCUGCGCCAUGGGCACAAGCCUCCAGGUGGACGCUGGUGCUGGAUGAGGAGGCAGAAGAGGCCAGCAUUUCAAGCAGCCAGGCGGGCAAUCUGAACUUCCUCAGGCAGGGGGUGGACAUCUUCCUGGGUGGGCUGGGGCCAGACGCUGGCUGGAGACUGGCGGGGUGCCUGAGCACCGUGGAGGUGGGUGGCAUCGCUCUGCCUUACUUCAGCUCCUCUGAAGUCAACCUCCCACGCAUGCAGGGAGAACAGUUUGUGCGCACAUCCCUCCUUCCCCCACGCAGCGGCUGUAGCGGGGCACCCGUGUGUCAGCCCGACCCCUGCCUGAACAACGGCGAGUGCCAGGACCUCUUCAACCUGUACAACUGCAGCUGUCCGGAGGGCUGGGCUGGGAGACGCUGUGACUUCUUCACCGACACCUGUGCCUCCGAUCCCUGCAUUCAUGGCAACUGCAGUGUGAACGGGCUGACCUAUGAGUGUGCGUGCGAGUUCGGCUAUGCCGGCGCCGACUGUGAGGAGGAGGUGGAUGUGUGUGUGAACCAUCUCUGUGCUCAUGGAAGCACCUGUCUGCACGGGCCAGACAGAUACGCCUGCCUCUGUGCCGAGAACUACACUGGACCCUACUGCAAUGAACGAGUUGAAGAAAUUCCUUGGUACAUCCUUGUCAAAAACGUACGCCCCAAGCUGCCCGUGUCUGUUUGUGGGGAUGACACCAGAAACUACACCUGCUUCAAUGGAGGGAACUGCACUGACCGAGACCUGUCCUGCGACUGUCCGCCCGGCUUUACUGGACACCGCUGUGAGCAGGAGAUGGAUGAGUGCAAGUCCAACCCCUGCCUGAACGGAGGCUACUGCCGCAACCUCAUCAACAAGUUUGUCUGCGUGUGCGACAUGAGCUACGCCGGGGACGUGUGCCAGACGGACCUGACCUCUGAGGGCGUGACCUCUGACCUCCUGCUGCCCAUCAGCCUGGCGUCCGUGGUCCUGCUGUUAGCUUUGAUCUUUACCUCCGUCGGCCUCACGGUGGCGCUCAACCGCCGUGCCACCCACGGCACCUACAGCCCCAGUCGGCAGGAGAAGGAGGGCGCCCGCGUAGAGAUGUGGAACAUUGCCCAGCCGCCGCCCAUGGAGAGACUCAUAUGA